GUACGCGAUACUCAAAUAGCCAAUACAUUGACCAUUACUAACCAUAAGACACAAACCAAAGUUAGCUUUUUUCAUAGUAGGGCGUUCUCGUGAAUAAAAAAUAGUUUAUUAUGUUCCCACUUUGUAUUUAUUUGUUACUUGUACAACUUUUUUAUGCUCCUACAACCUUAAGGGAAGAAAUUUUCGCGGCUACGAAUUUUCGCGGCUAGGAAUUUUUCGCGGUAUUUAUUUUCGCAAUUCGCGUUCCCGAAAAUCAUGUUCGCAAAAAUUUCCCUUGAGGUACCUACGCUGCAAUGUUUUGAUGUGACUUUUUGUUGUAUUUUAUAUCACACUAGUAGUAUUAGAAAUAACUAGAGGAAUAAAAAGAUUGUUGGUAUGAGUCUGCCUGGAGGAAGUGCUGUUGUGGCAGCUAAUAUGUCAGUUCAAGUUGCACAGGCUAGUUUGGAGAAGGACUUUGAUUUGUUACAAAUGGUACUCGAUAUGAUGACGUCAAUUGAAAAUGCAAAAGACCAGAAAGAUGAGCUUACACGUAAGGUGCUUGCUUUCAAAACAAAGAUGGCGCAAUGUCGUGAACUGCUAAAUAAAAUUCCUGGCUUAGAUAAUUCACCAGAAGAACAGGAGAAGUUGUAUCAGAAGUGUGUUGUCGAUCUACAAAAAAAAGAGGAGGCUUUGGAGAAAUUCAAAAUGUUAAAUGUCAUUACAGCUGCUUCUGUUAAGCAAGAAGAGCCGUGACCGAAAGUUCACAAUAUAUACCCAUUAUGGAUGAUUAUCUCAGGCGGUUACUGUAAGGCUAUGGAAACGUCGUACUAACCGCUGGCAAAAACUUGUGACUUAGGUGCUUCAUGCUUACUUUGAGGAAAUAGUGUGCCGUUUUGAAUAAUUUGGGUGAUUUCACGCAAAGUUUAAAUGUUAUGGUCAUCAACAUUGUCACUAAUUUGUAAUCAAUAAUUUUACGAUAAUAAUAUAAUGAUAAUUAUAAUUUUAUAAAA